ACAACGCUGUUUGCUGGACAGAGGAACGAGCGUGCUCUUAACUUCCAUGUGUACUCUCAAGUAGAAACAACAAGACGGAUUUACUACAACUGGAAAGGGAUGGAAGAAUGAUGGGAUGGCUGUAAAUAUGGGCCACUGGGCGGGCACACAGACCUCUCUUCUCUGCCUUGCUGUCCUGCUUCUCCAGCUCUUCGCCUGCUGUUGCCAAGGUCGACAGAACCCAGCAGUGCUACCUAAGUUCUACUUCACACAUUCCCUCUACAAUGCCACAGUCUAUGAGAACUCGGCGGCCAGGACCUACGCCAACAGUAAAGUUAAAAUGGGGGUCACAUUAACGCAUAAAUCAUGGGAUGUUAAAUACAGGAUAGUUUCUGGAGACGAAGAAGGUUUUUUUAAAGCAGAGGAGUUUGUAAUGGGAGACUUCUGUUUUCUCAGGGUUAGGACUAAAGGAGGAAAUGCUGCCAUUUUAAACAGAGAGAUCCAUGAUAAUUACUUGCUAACUGUAAAAGCCACUGUCCGAGGGGAAGAUAUAGAUGCCUGGGCAAAAGUCAACAUACAGGUUUUAGAUAUGAAUGACCUACGUCCUUUGUUUUCGCCAACGACUUAUUCCGUAACGAUAGCUGAGAACACCCCGCUGAGAACUAGCAUUGCACAAGUGACAGCAACAGAUGCAGACAUUGGAUCCAACGGGGAGUUUUAUUAUUUCUUUAAAGACAAAGUUGACCUUUUUGCAGUUCACCCCACCAGCGGGGUAAUCUCUCUGAGCGGCAAGCUGAAUUCUGAUGAGAGAAACAGAUACGACCUGGAAAUCCUAGCAGUUGACCGAGGAAUGAAACUGUAUGGGAACAAUGGUGUGAGCAGCACAGCAAAGCUUUUCAUUCACAUUGAGCGCAUCAAUGAGCAUGCGCCAACCUUAAGCGUGGUGACUCACACUCCGUCUCUGCUUGACAAAGAUCCCACCUACGCAGUUUUAACUGUCGAGGACAUGGAUGAAGGUGCAAAUGGAGAAAUAGAAUCUGUUUCCAUUGUAGCUGGGGAUCCUUUGGACCAGUUCCGCUUGGUUAAAGGAACUGGAAGCAAUGAGUACAGAAUAAAGGGAUUGGAACCAGUGGAUUGGGAUCAUUUCCCUUAUGGUUACAAUUUAACCCUUCAAGCCAAGGACAAAGGUUCUCCCCAGAAAUUCUCUGCCGUCAAGGUUGUUCACGUGUAUGUUAAUAGACCUCAAGCUGUUGAAAUUAAGUUUGAAAAGGAGAUGUAUGAAGUCAGUCUUAGUGAGUUUUCACCACCUGGAGUCGUCGUGGCUGCUGUUAAACUUUCCCCCGAGCCUCGGGAUGUGGAAUAUAACCUAAACCCUGGUCCAGAUUCAGAUUAUUUUAAGAUAAACCCCCAAACAGGAUUGAUCACCACUGCCCGACAUUUAAACAUCCUUGAAAAGGAGCUCUUUGAACUUCAGGUUGUUGAUCUACAAAGUGACUUGAAAGUUAAAGUGAGCAUCACAGUGGAAGAUGAAAACAACCAUGCACCUCUGUUUCUACAACCAUCCUAUGAAGUGUUUCUGAAUGAAAGCAUAGCUGUCGGAACAAAUGUUUUGACUGUUUCAGCCACAGAUAGUGAUAGAGGGGAAAAUGGAUAUAUAACGUACAGCAUUGCCAGUAUACAAGCCUUACCUUUUACUAUUAAUCAGUUCACUGGUGUCAUAAGCUCUAACAAUGAGCUUGAUUUUGAGUCUUCAUCUGAGAGCUACAUUUUUGUUGUCAGAGCUUCUGAUUGGGGUUCGCCUUACCGGCGUGAAAGUGAAGUUAAUGUCACUGUACAUCUCGAAAAUGUCAAUGACAACAAGCCCCUUUUUGAGAAAGUAGCCUGCCAAGGUGUAAUAUCAUACAGUUUUCCAGCUGGUGGACAGAUCACAACUGUUUCAGCCAUAGAUAUAGAUGAGCUCGAAUUAGUCAAGUAUAAAAUUAUCUCUGGGAAUGAAAAAGGAUUUUUUGAGUUAAAUCCUGAUUCUGGAGUGCUGGUGCUGAGAAAAAGUUUGACUACUGCCAAUCCAAUAAAUGGAGUCUUUAACUUGAAAAUAGCAGCUACUGAUGGUGAAAACCUUUCAGACUCAAUGUUUGUUAACAUUUCCAUUGUUCACGGGAAAGUGUCAUCAAAAAGUUUCAGUUGCAGUGAAACCAGAGUUGCCCAGAAGCUAGCUGAAAAGUUGCUAAAAAAGGCUAAAGCUAACAGUAAGCCCAAAAUAGAAGACAUAUUUAUCGAUCUGUACUCUGUAAACAGGCAGACUCCGCAGUUCGAUAAAUCUUUUCCAUCUGAGAUAUCUGUCCGUGAGGACCUCAAAAUAGGAGAUAGUGUCUUGAAAGUCAAGGCCUGGGAUGGAGAUACUGGCUUUAAUGGUCGGGUUUUGUUUACCAUCUCCGACGGGAACAAGGAUAGCUGUUUUAACAUUGAUAUGGAAACUGGAUUAAUUAGUGUCUUGAUGCCAAUGGAUCGUGAGAAAGUAGACAGAUAUCUCCUGAAUAUCACCAUUUAUGACCUAGGCUCACCUCAGAAGUCUACAUGGAGGCUAUUGACCAUAAAUGUGGAAGAUGCGAAUGACAACACCCCCCAGUUUUUACAGGAGAGCUAUUCUGCCAUCAUUCUUGAAAACACAAACCUUGGCACAGCGGUUAUCCAGGUUGAAGCUACUGAUAAAGAUUUAGGACCUAAUGGUGAUAUAUUAUACUCUAUAUUGACAAGCACAACUCAGUUCACAGUUAACAGCUCAACUGGAAUUGUUUAUGUAGCUGGGCAGCUUGAUAGGGAAGUUAAACCUAAUUUCAAUUUAAAAAUAGAGGCUUGUGAUAAAGCUGAAAGGGGAAAGCAGAGGUUCUCAGUUGUUACUCUGAAGAUAUCCUUGGAUGACGUUAAUGACUGCCCUCCAGCAUUCAUUCCAUACAGUUACAAUGCCAAGGUUCUUGAAGAUCUUCCAGUUGGCACCAUUAUAGCCUGGUUAGAGACACAAGAUCCAGACCUUGGUUUAGGUGGCCAGGUAAGAUACACCCUGGCAAAUGACUACAAUGGGAAAUUUGAGAUUGACAAAGCCAGCGGGGUGAUUCGCCUGGCUAAGGAGCUGGAUUAUGAGAAGCAGCAGUUUUAUAACCUGACAGUGCGGGCUAAAGAUAAAGGGCGUCCAGUGUCUCUCCUGUCGGUGUCCUUUGUGGAGGUGGAAGUGGUGGAUGUAAACGAGAAUCUUUACCCUCCCUAUUUUUUGGAUUUUGCUGUGAAAGGAACGGUAAAGGAAAACUCACGGAUUGGCACCAGCGUUCUCCAGGUCACAGCUAGAGAUGAUGAUGUUGGAAGGGAUGGAGAGAUUCAGUAUUCUAUUCGAGAUGGUAGCGGACUUGGCAGGUUCUCUAUUGACGAAGAGACAGGAGUAAUCUAUACUGCAGACAUACUCGACCGAGAGACAAAGGAUUCUUACUGGCUCACUAUCUACGCCACCGACCACGGUGUUGUGCCAUUAUACACCACCAUUGAAGUAUACAUUGAGGUGGAGGAUGUGAAUGACAACGCUCCGCUAACUUCUGAACCCGUUUACUAUCCCUCGGUUCUGGAGAACUCUCCAAAAGACGUGUCUGUAAUCCAGAUCCAGGCCCAGGACCCAGACUCCAGCCCCCAUGAUAAGCUCACUUACAGAAUCUCAAGUGGAAACCCUCAGAACUUCUUUGUUAUCAACUCAAAGACAGGUCUUAUCACUACAACAUCAAGGAAGUUGGAUAGAGAGCAGCAGGCGGAACAUGUUUUGGAGGUGACAGUUAUGGAUGGAGGGCCCUCUUCCCGGCAAACGACAGUCUGGCUGAUGGUCCGUGUCCUGGAUGAAAAUGACAACAAGCCCCAGUUCCCUGAAAAGGUUUACCAGAUUAAGCUUCCCGAGCGGGACCGAAAGAAAAGAGGAGAACCCAUCUAUCGACCGUUCGCCUACGACAAGGACGAGGGGCCCAAUGCAGAGAUUUCUUACAGCAUCGUUGACGGGAAUGACGACGGGAAGUUCUUUAUUGACCCUAAAACUGCAAUGGUGUCUUCUCGCAAGCAGUUCAUGGCUGGCAGCUACGACAUCCUAACAAUCAAAGCUGUAGACAAUGGACGGCCACAGAAGUCCUCGACGGCACGUCUGCAUAUCGAGUGGAUUAAAAAGCCCCAGCCGUCCACUCAACCUCUCAGCUUUGACGAGCCCUUCUACAACUUCACAGUGAUGGAGAGUGACAAGGUGACCGAGAUUGUAGGUGUGGUCUCUCUGCAGCAGACGGCAACUCCCCUUUGGUUUGACAUUGUUGAUUUGUGUACCUGCAAAGGCCUCCAGAUUAUGCUAAAGAUAAAUGAGCCCAUUCUCAAAAAACUACUCGGUACCAAUGCUAGUAGCAAUUCCCCACGUGACUCAGUGAGCUACCGAGCUCUGGAGGACAAAGACCAGCAGGUGUCUGCUCUGAGCUCAGUGGUCCCUGGUCAGCAGGGUUUGCUGUAG